AAUAGCGCGGCCUCCCUCUGCACCGCACAAGCUCGCGAAAACAAAGCAAACCGCCUUAAGAAGUUCGCCCCGGAUUGCCGCAACCGUCCGGCAACGCUACUCGUGCUGCGCACAAUACUUCACUCUUCGGGCUGUUAAACAGUCCGCCGCGACUUUUCCAUGCAAUGGUCGGUUCGUAUGCGACAGCCACCGUCUUUCACACCCGUUUGGGUGAAUUUCACUCGCGGAAAACCUGCGAAAAGCACGAGUCAAGGCGAAAAUUCAUGCCCGAUGGCCAAAGCAGCAGCACUGAAAACAUCUGAUUGACAAACUGGAAGUCGGCCAGCCUGGCAACGCCGUAUUCUCCCGUCAAACGGUCACACUGCCCCCGUGCAUCCCUGCAAUCGAAAAUAACGGCGGGAAUCGACGGCGUCGCUUGUAUGAAUAUCAACAACGCAAAAUUAAUUGAUAAAAGCAUCUUCAAAGUGUUAGACGUGUCUUCAAUUCAGUUGGCGAUGGAAUCGCGGUUACCAAAACCGUCGGGCAUCAAGCGACCCCAGAUGCCGGUGAAAACCGUGCUGCCCACAGAUCGGAUUCGCGCAGGAUUAGGAGGAGGUGGAGCUGGUGGAGCCGGCGCCUUCAAUGCCAACCAGACAUACUGCGGCAACGUGCUGCCGCCCCUCUCAAGGGACCUCAACAAUCUGCCCCAGGUUCUGCAGCGCCGCGCAGGAGGAGUACGUGCCGCCUCUCCGGAGCCCAUGAAGAUGGGCAACCGGGCCAAGCUGAGACGCAGUCGCAGCGCCUGUGACAUCAACGAACUGCGUGGAAACAAGCGCACUGCUGCUGCUCCUUCAUUACCCAGCAUUCCCAGCAAAGUGUCCCGCCUGGGCGGUGCACCCGCUGCCCCCAGCCAGCGAGCAGUACGUCCUGCGGCCGCCACAUCAACCACUUCCACAGCUGUCAAAAGACCACCAGUAACGCGUCCUGCCCCUCGAGCUGCCGUGGGAGCAGCCGCCAAGAAACCAGCAGGAACUGCCGCAGGUUCUUCCGCAGGAGGCGCAGCUACUGCUACGACCAAGCGCAUCGCCCCCUACGACUUCAAGGCCCGCUUCCAUGAUCUGCUGGAAAAGCACAAGGUGCUUAAGACGAAGUACGAGAAGCAAACAGAGGACAUGGGCGAGCUGGAGUCCAUGCCCCAGCAGCUGGAGGAGACGCAGAACAAGCUCAUCGAGGCGGAGAGCUCGCUGAAGAACAUCCAGAGCGACAACGAGUGUCUUCAGAGGCAGGUGAAGCAGCAUACCGCCAAAAUUGAAACAAUCACCUCGACGCUGGGCAGGACCAAAGAGGAGCUCUCCGAGCUGCAGGCAAUACAUGAGAAAGUAAAAACGGAGCACGCUGCUCUGAGCACAGAAGUGGUCCAUCUGCGCCAGCGCACCGAGGAACUCCUGCGCUGCAAUGAGCAGCAGGCCGCCGAUUUGGAGGUCUGCAAGGAACAGCUCUUCCAGUCGAACAUGGAGCGCAAGGAGCUGCACAACACGGUCAUGGACCUGCGCGGCAACAUUCGGGUCUUCUGUCGAAUACGACCGCCGCUGGAGUCCGAGGAGAACCGCAUUUGUUGCACCUGGACCUACCACGACGAGUCGACCGUGGAGCUGCAGAGCAUUGACGCACAGGCCAAGUGUAAGAUGGGCCAGCAGAUCUUCUCCUUCGACCAGGUCUUUCACCCGCUCUCCUCGCAAUCGGACAUCUUCGAGAUGGUCUCGCCGCUCAUCCAGUCGGCCCUGGAUGGCUAUAACAUCUGCAUCUUUGCCUACGGACAGACGGGCAGUGGCAAGACCUACACGAUGGACGGCGUGUCGGACAGUGUAGGCGUCAUACCGCGCACGGUGGACCUACUCUUCGACUCCAUCCGGGGAUAUCGCAAUUUGGGCUGGGAGUACGAGAUCAAGGCCACUUUUCUGGAGAUCUACAACGAGGUGCUGUACGAUCUGCUGAGCAACGAACAGAAGGAUAUGGAAAUUCGGAUGGCCAAGAAUAACAAGAACGACAUCUACGUCUCCAACAUAACGCAGGAGACGGUUUUGGAUCCCAAUCACUUGCGCCACCUUAUGCACACGGCCAAGAUGAACCGGGCCACCGCAUCGACAGCUGGCAACGAGCGCUCCUCCCGUUCCCACGCAGUUACCAAGCUGGAACUCAUCGGACGUCAUGCCGAAAAGCAGGAGAUCUCGGUGGGGUCCAUAAACUUGGUGGAUUUGGCCGGAUCUGAGUCCCCAAAGACCAGCACGCGCAUGACCGAGACGAAGAACAUCAAUCGCUCGCUAUCAGAGCUGACCAACGUAAUCCUGGCGCUGUUGCAGAAGCAGGACCACAUACCGUACAGGAACUCUAAGCUGACGCACCUCCUAAUGCCCUCGCUGGGCGGCAACUCGAAAACACUUAUGUUCAUCAACGUCUCGCCGUUCCAAGACUGUUUCCAAGAGUCCGUCAAGUCGCUGCGCUUCGCGGCCUCCGUAAACUCUUGCAAAAUGGCCAAGGCCAAACGGAAUCGCUACCUAAACAACUCGGUGGCCAACAGCAGCACACAGAGCAACAACAGCGGCAGUUUCGAUAAAUAAAGAAUGCAUUUUGCUGCCAGUUUUAACAAUUUCCAAAUUUCUAACCUGUUAUUGCUUAAUUUAUGUGUUUACUUUUAGUGCAAAUAAACUAAUAAAGCGCUGGAAUUCAA